CUGUAAUGUAAUCGUGUAGUGUAGUUUGACGUACUGUACUAAUUAAAGUAAACACUGCGCAAUGAGGUUAAAAACAUCAAAAAACUAACAAAUUGAUUCGAGUGAGUGAAAGAACGUUUAACAUGUUUAUAAACUAACAAAUGAAGUUUUUCUGCUGAGUUGUUAAUAAAUACACAGGCUUCAAGAUGUCAGGAGCGCCGUAUCCAAGAAAUAAAAUGAGUUUACUAAAGCCGAUAGUGGUUCAAAAAAUGUAUUUCCAUCCACCACGGUCUAAAGCGCCUUAUAGAUUGAUUCAACAAUUCAAAGACGAAAUCAUAUACUCGAAUCCGAAUUGUGAUUUUUUGAAAGGGGAGUCCCAGGAGGUAUUGAUAGUGAAUCGAAUGAACUUGCAUACUAAGACGUGUCGGACCGUAGCGAGGUGCACAAGUCAGGGGAAUUGCGUGGAAACUACUUCAGACAACGUAGUUGCCGUUAUAGGUCAGAAGAGUUAUGAGACUGUGUUGUCAGCUUUAUCAUCAGUGUUCAAUGAAGAAACUAAAGUGAGAGGCAUCUUAGCAUUGCUGAGUGUUCAAAAAAAAUUCAACACCACAGACACACAGUAUAGUAUGGAAAUACCUGAGGUCACGAAAGAUUGUGUGUCCGUAGAAUGUCAAACUGAUGAUACUCGCUUGAAUUUGUUUGUUAAAGAGAAACAGAGAAGACGAAUACGAAGAGCACCGUUAACACCAUAUGUCGUUACAGAGAAAGUCAGGAAAUUUGUGGUGAACCCUAGUGAUGUGAAGAAAGACGUGACCAGAAGUGUGGAAGAGAAAGUCCAACAAUUUAAAGAGAAAUCACUUCCGGAUUUAAAAGAAGUUAUUGAUGAAGACAGUAAUAUUUCUGACAUCAGUAACGUUUCAUUGUCCAGUUGGCCUAGCGUACCGGGGAUCCUUGAAAACACAGAUCAGUUCCUGAACCAGAUCGACAAAGUUACGGACAAAACUUUGAAUUCUACAGGAAUCCCACUACGAGACGGAAGUGUGAUCAUGAUACCGGUGAAGCCAGAGGAUGUCUUCCAUAUAGCGACACCGGAGGUCCUGAAAAACGUGACUCAUGAGGAACGCAUGAAGCUUAUAUGGCAUCAGGCGUUCAUUGACUUCAAAUUGUGCCUGGAGCAAAAUGAAGAUGGAUAUUACCCGUUGCACAUAGCAGUUCUACACAACGACGUAGACCUUGUGAGGAGACAGUGUGCGUCGUUGCGAGCUCGUCAUGAGUCUGUGGAUAUACCCGCCGGUGGCUUGACGGCGUUACAGAUAGCGGUACGUCAAAACGUCUCCAUAGCUUGCACGAACAUACUUCUUCAAAAUGGCGCCGAUCCGCUUCUCUGCGACUACGAGAGGCGAAGCAGCUUGCAUUCGGCCGCAGAAAUCGAUUCCCCGCAGCUGAAAACCUUACUCGAGUACUGUGAUAAACAUGCCAGACAUGUGCUAAAAAACAACCUGGACUUUUGGCGGCCGGAAUUGGAAUCAAAAUCGGACAAGGAGCUUACGCGACUGAUGUAUAACUGCAUCAGUGAAAUGUUUGACGACCAAGGCUACAGUCCCCUAAUGAUAGCAGGGGAAGCCGCCAUUCCUACCAACGUGGCUUUACUAGCCGCUCGCGCCGGCCCGCUCAUCGACGCGCCGUCACCUGACUGUGGCGCCACCGCCCUCUAUCGGGCUGUCGCUAAAGCUUGCCUGCACGCUAAAGAAACCGGAAAUAUGACUACAACACCAGAGAAAUACCUCAAAACCAUAGAGAUUCUAGUAGAGCACGGCGCAGACCCAAGCAUAGAGAACCAAUGUGGCUCGUGCGUCAACUCCUUACUAACUGAAUUCAACAUAUGCGCUCUAUCUAUGACCAUAGCUAACAAAAUGACUGCUUUAAGACACGGGCGUUUCGGCCGGGAUAAACUAGAUAUGAUACUUGUUAAAAAUGAAGAUGGUUACCUAGAAAAUAUAAAUAAUGUCACUGAUAAUGUAGCUAGGACUGUCGAAACGGGACUACAUGCUGUAAUCACUGUUGAUGUUCCUGAGAAAAAAAGAAAAGGUAAUGUAAGUAAUACAGAUAAACCUACAAUUGAUGAUGUAACGGAUAAAGAUAAGGAAAUCGAAAUAGAGAAACCUAAAACUGAUGUUACAGAUAAACAAAUGAAUACAGAAUUGAAUAAAAUCAAACCAGAGGCAUCAGAUAUAGCAAUGCAAAAUAAUAAACUAGGUAAUAUUGUUAUAAAACUAAAAAAGGAUAGUAUAAAUGAUAAUGACCCAAGCAAAUUUGAUGCUACAAAAGCGAUGGAGAUCAAUAAAGUAAAUUUAAAAAACGAUGCACGUUUAGGUAAUAUUACUUUCAAAAGAUUAAGUUCAGGACACAUGAUUGCUAUAACUAAAACGAAACCACCAGAGGGCAUUUUGGCACCGAAUUCUGAUCGGAAAUUUAAUUUCAUCAAAAUAAAUUCUGCAAAAUCAAAUGAUGGACAGAAAAGUAUAAGUUUAGAUAACGGUGAAGGAUCUGCGAAAGAAAGGAAAAUGGAAAAUGUAGUUAUAGUUGAGAAUGUACCAGUGAAAACAGAUUUUCAUAUAUCCAAUAUAGCUGGAUGUAGUAAAAUAGCUAAAGCUAAGGACAUUGUUAUAUCACCUAAAAUAACUCAAGAUUUGAGCAAAGAUUUUGAAAACAAGGAACUAAGUAUGGAUGAUGUUUCUCCAGAAAUGAGUAUAAGUAAAAUGGAUCUGGAAAAUUUAAGAGUUUAUAAGAAAAGGAAGUUGGUUUUGGAAUGAUAAUGCACAGAUGUAGUGCAUUAAGCUGAACACGAAAUUAAAACAUAUACAUACAUACAUAUAAUCACGCCUGUAUCCCAUAUAGGGGUAGGCAGAACACAUGAACUAUUAAGUUUCAGUGCCACUCUUGGCAAAAAGGGGUUGAAAGAAAUCCAAAUUGUGACAUUG